UGUCACAGCGAAGGCUUGUAUUUUACAUCUUUAAACGACCUGAUGUCAGAAGAUGCCAUGGAUCUCCUGUUGCAGGAUGACCCAAACGAUCAUGCAUUCAGUAUAAACAUGUACAUGGUAUUGACAUCCCAAUAUUUAGUGGGAAGUUCCCAGGUAUCGUCCGCUAGUGACAGUCUGCUGGCAAAUCCAGACAUGCGAUGGAAGGAUGCUGAUGUGAAGGACACAGAGACACCUGAUCCAAGAACUGUGGCAUUUCAUUCAGAGUGUCAACCUGACAUUCAGUUGAUAUGGGACCCGAUUAUUCAGAGAACUACAGAUUUUAUAAAGCUGUUUUUGACAGAAAAUUUGGUUUUCUCCAUCUGUAUUGCCACCACCCAUUAUGUUGAGAUGGUCAUAUCUCGAGGGAAGGAUUGUCAUUAUGCUUCCCAAGGAAAUUCGCAUCCUCUCACUGAAGAGGAAUUGUACAGAUUUUUGUGCAUUAUCUUAUACAUGUCUGCUGUGAAGUUCCAGUCGAUAGACAGAUAUGGUCAAUGCAUGCCACUAUCGGAACAACCUAGUACAGUGUAUCAAGAAUGAUGUCUAGAAAUAAGUUUUAAAAGGUUGAAUAUAAGAACAUUUUUGUUAAAUAUGAUGCAAGUACAUUUAAAUCUAGUGAUUGAAAGUAAGUACUUGAACAUUCGUAUACGUUGAACUUGCAGAGGAAAAACGGGUAGUACUUUUUGAUAAGGUGCUGUUGCUUAGCAACCAAAUAUAUUUGAAUGCAAAAAAUUAAAUUAUUUUAGAUUAACAAUAAAGAUCUUUGUUUUAAUAUUGCAAUAUUUAUUCUAUUUAGUGGAACAUAAUGGCAAACCGUCAUAUUAUUAAAAAAUGAUGGAUAUGUACAAUGUAUAUAAAGUACAAAGUUUCCAUUUUAUGACCUUUGACCUUAAUUCUUUUCAUCAUAUUUUUUGUAAAAACCCUUUUAAAAUGAUU